UUAAUGUGAUAUAAAGACACUAAGAGGUCAUUAUAUCACUAUUGACGAAACGACCGUGAAGCAUGAUCACAGCGUCGCUUCACGUAAUAUUUGCGCUACUGGCUUUCGUCUACGGCGGAAAAGAUAAACCGGUGCUUAGUGAAGAAAUCAAAGAAAUAAUACAAACGGUACACGACGAGUGUGUCGGUAAAACCGGCGUCUCAGAGGAGGACAUAACGAAUUGUGAAAGUGGCAUAUUUAAGGAGGACGUGAAAUUGAAGUGCUAUAUGUUCUGCCUGCUGGAGGAAGCGGGCCUUGUGAGUGUAAAUGAUGACGGUACUGUUGAUUAUGAAAUGUUCACAAGCCUCAUUCCCGAAGAAUAUUUCGACAGAGCAACUAAAAUGAUUUUCUCCUGCAAAGAACUCGAUACACCGGACAAAGACAAAUGCGAGAGGGCCUUUGAGGUUCAUAAAUGUUCGUAUGAAAAGGAUCCCGAUUUUUAUUUUUUGUUUUAAACGAAGCUUGAAGUGGAGUGAAAAUACAUUUAACUAACUUAUUUAAUACGCUUUAUUUAAAUUAAGUGCGGCUUGUUAAUAAUAAAUGAAUUUUGUCCCUAAAAGAU